AUGUUAAAGUCAAAUAUCAAAGUAUUGCUCAUUGCUUGUUUGUUGGCAGCUCUAAUGUUAGCAAUGAAUGUAAAGGCCAUUGAAGAGGAAAUUAUUGUAGAGAAGGAAGGUGAUACAGCAUCUACUGAUUCCACCACUCCACAAGUUGGGACUAAACCAAAAGAAACUAAACCAGCUCCAACCAAACAACAAAACGAAACUCCACAAGCCCCACCACAACUCAAGAGAACACACGGUCGUAGAAACUUACAUCAAGAUCACUCUGAACAAAGAGCCUUAAGAGACUUGAUGAGAGAAAUGAGAAACUACCAAUUCGGUUCAGAUUUAUUCGAUUUCCAUCAUCCAAGAUCCAAUUUCUUCCUCAAUUCCUUCCUCCCAAGAACAUCCCUCUUUGGAAAUAGCUUACUUGGUGAUGAUUUCAGUGACAUGUUCCUCAAUUUUGAUAGUUCUUUUGAAAUGAUGAGAAGAAGAAUGAAUAACAUGUGGAAGAGAUCCUUCUUACCAUCAUUAUUCGAUGAAAAUCAUCAAUUUUUGGAAAAUUACUUGAAUUCCCAAAGAAUGAAUCAAUUGGAUCAAGAAAAAUCUCAAAAAGUUGAAACUCCAAUUAAGGAAGAACCAAAGCCAAUUGUUGAAAAGAAGAAGAGAGAACCAAUUUCAUCUCUCAUCAAAACUGAAACCUUGGAAGAUGGUAAAUUACAAUACGCCUUGGAUAUCAAUAAUAUUCCAAGAGAUGUCUUUGAAAAGAAGGAUAUUGAAAUUAAGGUGAGUGAAAACUCAAAUGGUGAGCUAGUCACUGUCAGAGCUGAAAAGAAAACUGAGAAUGGACAUUUUGAAUUUUCCAAGUCUUUUAGAUUUCCAAAGGGCUCUGUUGAUUUUGAAAAGGUGAAAGCCUCUCUUUCAGAUGCAGGAACUUUGAGUGUGAAAAUUCCAAGAAUUGACCCAGUUCCAGAAAGAAUCAAAUCAAUUAAUGUUGAAUAA